AUGGGGGAGUGCUCAGCCUUCCGGGGGGGGCCAGGUGAAGGGUCCCCCUGUGGGCCCAGCCUGGGGUGGGCAAGCGAGGGCCUGGGGAGCAGCGGGAAGAACCGGCGAGUGUGCCACGCCGCGGCACGGCUGGAGAUGGGCAGCCUCUGGGAGCAGUUCAACCACCUGGGCACCGAGAUGAUCGUCACCAAGGCUGGCAGGAGGAUGUUCCCUACCUUCCAGGUGAAGCUGUCAGGGCUGGACCCGCUGGCCGACUACGUCCUUCUCAUGGACUUCAUCCCGCUGGAUGACAAGAGAUACAGAUAUGCCUUCCACAGCUCCUCCUGGCUGGCAGCAGGACGAGCUGACCCAGCAGCCCCGGGCCGUGUCCACUUCCACCCGGACUCCCCGGCCAAGGGCGCGCAGUGGAUGCGCCAAAUCGUCUCCUUCGACAAGCUCAAGCUGACCAACAACCUCCUGGAUGACAAUGGCCACAUCAUCCUCAACUCCAUGCACCGCUACCAGCCCCGCUUCCACGUGGUGUUCGUGGACCCGCGCCGGGACAGCGAGCGCUUUGCCCACCAGAACUUCAAGUCCUUCAGCUUCCCUGAGACCCAGUUCAUGGCAGUGACAGCUUACCAGAACCACCGGAUCACCCAGCUGAAGAUUGCCAGCAACCCCUUCGCCAAGGGCUUCCGGGAUGGUGACCCUGAGCCAUGGUGUGAGGUGCCCGCAGGGUCCCUGCUGGGUGCCAUGCCCCGUGCCCGCACCACCACACUGCCCUCCCACCGUGAGAAGCAGGAGAAAGGUAGAGGGUCCAGGGCUGGUCCUGACCCCUUGCUGCUAUCUUUGCCCUGCCCGGGGGCUCCCCACAGCCAGGGGGCACUGGUCACCACCGUUCCCCCCCAGCCAACUCCCCCCAGCUUUCCUGAGCUGCCCACAUCCACCUUCCAGCCCCUCACCUGCCCCCCUGGUGUCUAUGUGGGGGGCAAACCCCACACCCUGCCCUACCCCCUGCCCACCUUCCCCCCACUCAGCACCUACAGCACCACCACAACCUCUCAUUUUGGCUACGGGCAGCAGUGA